CUUUUAUAAUUUUUACACAUUAUCAAAAUGGCGGAGGAACAUAUUUUUAAACAUUUUCAUUCCAAAGAACAAAGGCCAAGUUGGUAAAUUAAUACAGUACACAAUAUUCGAGAAAAAAGACAGUAUCAAAUGUCGGAAGUUAAGAAUCUCCUGGUGGCGGAAGAACUGGACAAAAAAAAUGAUAUCCUUAUCGACCCAAAAAUGUUGAACGCCAUUGAAGAUAGCAUGGCGAUAAAGGGUAAACUAACUCUGUCGUCUAUAAAUCAGUUUUUUCUCCAACUAGAAACUAUCGUGUCCUUCAUUAAAAACCUCAAGGGAAUCCGAGACAUGUAUAAAUAUAGCGACUCGAUGCAGAUAAGGCUGAACAAUGAGUUGAAAGAGCUUGAUUUUGUCCUACUCGAGAUGAGUUCAAUCCUAAGGAACAUAAGCAGUUUAAGAAAGCAGAAAAUUGAUGUCACGAAGGAAGUGAAAAAUUUAAAAGAAUCCUACGAAAAACGUAAGCGUGAAGAAUAUCAAGAAAUGGAAUUAGUUGCAGCAAUUUACGAUAAGGAUUUACUAAGGAAAUGGCAUGUUGCGAAGAAGGCGAAUGACAUACAGACAAUGGAGAACUUCAUAACGUCCCUAGUGGAGAAACGCCAAGCGUUAGAGUAUGUUUAUAAAAUGGCCACUGAGAAGUUGACCGGGCUGAGAAAAGCGCACAACAACACGCCGAUCAUGCUCCAAGCUUUGUUUGCCAAGCCGCUCCCUCCGCCGAUACGCGUAACGGAAUCCGAACCCGACACAUUUCUCAACACAACAGAUUAAAUAAAGAACAAUAAUUACAAUUA